CCUGGCGGAGACCCCGAGAGGUUGAGUCCUCAUGGCCGAGCUGGCGAAGCCGAAGCGGAUCCUGGUGACGGGCGGCUCCGGACUCGUGGGGAAGGCCAUCGAGAAGGUGGUGGCGGACGGGGAAGGGCGCCCGGAGGAAGAGUGGAUCUUUCUCUCCUCCAAGGAUGCCGACUUGACGAGCGCCACAGAGACCAAAGCCCUGUUUGAGAAGCACAAGCCCACGCAUGUCGUCCACUUGGCAGCCAUGGUCGGGGGCCUCUUCAGGAACAUCAAGUACAAUCUGGACUUCUGGCGGAGGAACGUCCACAUCAAUGACAACGUCUUGCACUCGGCCUACGAGUGCGGGGUUCAGAAAGUGGUCUCCUGCCUCUCCACCUGCAUAUUCCCGGAUAAGACCACCUACCCGAUCGACGAGACCAUGAUACACAACGGCCCUCCACACAGCUCAAAUUUUGGGUAUUCUUAUGCCAAGAGGAUGAUUGAUGUCCAGAACAGGGGAUACUUUGAACAGCACGGCUGUCACUUCACCGCCGUCAUUCCCACCAACGUCUUUGGCCCUCACGACAACUUCAACAUCGAGGAUGGUCACGUUCUGCCCGGCCUCAUCCACAAGGUGUACCUGGCCAAGAAAAAUGGCACCCCUCUGACAGUCUGGGGGACAGGAAAGCCCAGGAGGCAGUUCAUUUACUCUCUGGAUUUGGCUCGGCUCUUCCUGUGGGUCUUAAGGGAGUAUGAUGAAGUGGAACCCAUCAUUUUGUCAGUUGGAGAAGAAGAUGAGGUCUCUAUUCGGGAAGCGGCCGACUGCAUCGUGAAGGCCAUGGACUUCAAAAGCGAGCUCCUUUUUGACACGACCAAGUCGGACGGGCAGUUCAAGAAAACAGCCAGCAACAGCAAGCUGAAGCGAUACCUUCCGGAUUUUAAGUUCACGCCCUUUGAGCAAGGUAAGAAACCCUUGGAUCUUGCCCCGGCGGCAGCCGCCAGGAGAAAAGAAAAGCGAUCCUUCGGGCCUUCCGAGCCCUGCGGCAUUUGGUGCUUGACCUCAGAAAAGCAAAAUUACUCCUAUGGGGGCACAGGAUUUUUCUUUAAG